UGUCAAUGUGAUCACAAUGUGUCCCCGAGCUGUGUUUUAAUAUUAUUUUUUUAUGUUUACCGGGGAUCAAUUUAAUGCUGUGACGGUUCAUGCUUUGUGCAAGAGGUUAGGUGUGUCUGCAUGCAACGGUCCUUGACAGGGAAAUGGGUAGACUGCUUUAGUGCUGGGCAAUGCUAGUGAUUAAUGAUUAUUGUUCUAACUUAUUAGUUGAUAUGUAAACCGUUUGUGUCAUAUUACGCCAUCUGAUAAAUGAGCAAGACAUUUGGCUGUUUAUCUAAAGUUCUGUCUGUAAAUUUUCUGAGAAUCACCCCUUGACUCUCUAAUCUUUCCAGCACUGGUAGUAAUUAUGACUUCAACCUGCUGACUGCAAGGACUUCUUCCCAGUUAAUCAGAUAAACUAUAUAACACAUAGUAAACGCUUACUAAGACCGUCAUGUACAGAAAACCUUAAGCAUUCACAGUGUUUAGCUUUUGGUCUUGUAUUUCUGGUCAGCAAAAGAUUGUCAUGUAUUAUAAUUUGGGUUGCUGCAGUGACUCAGUUUCUGCCUAAGAAUGAGAAAAGUGAGUCUUAUAUUUUUUUAUACAUUGGCAGGAAUCGCCAUAAAUGUCAAAUUGAUUACAAACACUAUCGUCCUCAUAAAUAUUCAGUUCAAACAGAAAUAAUGUCCUGUACAAUAAGACAUCGUUGUGUGUGCAAUGGUAGCCAGAUUGAUGAAUCUGCCUCCGAUAAUCUCAGAUUAUAUAUGUGAGUCUUGCAUGUCCUACAAAUGCAUGUGUUAACUGAAGAAACUGUUUGUUCAAAGUCCAGUUACAUGACUAUUUGCUCAUAGUAAGCUAUAGAACCCUUUAUCAGCUAAUGAAGUCAAAGUAUGGCCCUAUAGGACUUUGAGACAUACAUAUGAUGAUAAGCCUUUAUCUGACCAAUGCCAUCUUGGACUGUAAUCCCACUCUAGGAAUCUAUAAUUUCAUUAAUUUGCAGAUCAUUUUGUGACAGUUUUAAAUGCCAAGUAACUUUAUAUAUACUCAAGCAGUCUGUUAAUUUUGGUUGAUUGUAGCCCGAGAACGUACCAUCAUUUUGUGUAGGAUGUGGUGUUUAUUGCCCUCUCUUACUCAGCUACACACUGCACUAUUCCACAAAGGAGAUACGCUACUCUUUUAACAUGACUUCAACACUAUUGUAUUUCAUUACUUAAAUACUAGAUCAUACUGUGUAUUCGCUCUGUGCUCCAUUUAAUCUAAUGAAUCAUUGAAUCAUCAUGAAAUAUGACAACAGACAUUUGAAGCUUCAUUCUGAAAACCCCAACAGUAGCUCUGAGUGUUAAGUGACAUGUGGUACAGCCCUAGUAGUUAGUGGUGUGGCUUUAAGAUAUCACAUGUGGCUUAACAAACUCUACUCUGACUGCUGUGUUGGUGCUAUGUGCUAAGUCUGAAUGCACUUCAUGCUUUGAAACUGAAUGACCUUCUUUGUCCAGCUAUCACAAUGUAUUUUUUUCCCCUCUGUUUAUAUUUGGCCUCUAAUGGCCAGCGGCGAGGCCUCAGGACUGUACUCUAACCUUUGACCCAUUUGCUUCGGUAACCGCUUAAGUUUAUUUCAGCAUGUCUUUGCCAGCUGGUCUGAACCACAUCUGACAUUAGCUUGGAAACUCUUUCGUUAGUUUGCCCACUAGCACUGUUUGUCAUCUCUGUGGCUGAGCAAUAUAGAUCUGUUGUAAGUUAUUCUCAGUGGUUAGGGAGGGUUGAGCAAUUCUUGGAUUGCUAUAUCGGCGACUGCCUGAGUUCGCCUUUUUUGGAUGGUUUUGAGCAAUCUUCUUUUUUGUUUCUUCACACACACGCACACACGAGAGGUUGAUUAACUCCAAAUAUGAAGAGGCUGUUUAGCAACUAGGCAACUAUUCGUCCUGUUGUAGAAGGUAUCGCUUUUGCCUAAUACUAAGUGUUGGUACCAGCCAGGUGGCUGAUGGCAAGAUGGGGCAAGAAAUUCUAUAUUGUGAUUGGUUACUUUAGCUCAACAGAUGCCAUUCUGGUAACUCCACCCCGGUAUGAAAGAGCCCAGCCUUCUUCUUUGUUAAUGUUAAUGAAAUGUGACAUAUCCAGGGUGCCCAUAGCCUGCUAAUCAGCACUAAUCUGAUCCACUGGAUUACAGGAUGGGAAUGCAUGUAAGACACUGCUUACAGUACAAGUGUGCCUGCCUCCCUCCAUAAGUGAGCCAUCUUUCAGUCUUCCUAGCAUUCAUCUGUGGACUCUAGUAAGAAUCCACAGGGGGCUUUGGGAGUCUUCUGAACUUCUUUUUGCACUUGCUCUCAAUACAGAGCCAUUCUUUUGGUAAUCUUUCUGGGAAAUUCUUUGGUCCUUAUUAAUUUCUUGUGCUGAUUAGGCAGUUCUUCCAACAGGAUCUGGCUGUGUUUUUGCUGUCAUCAUCAUAAUCUCCCUCUUUGAGUCUAUGGGAUUAUCAUGACUGUGAAGCAGGGCAGCCUGUGACUGUCCACUGCUCUCUGCAGGCCUUUUCUUGAUGUUUUUAUUCUGGCAUUGAUUUGGUAAGAUACCAGCAGCCAAAAUGCUGAACCAGAGUGCUGUGAUGAUCUUCACUGGGAUUUGUGGGGCGUUGGUGGUCAUGGCAAUGGCCUACUACGUCUACUGGUAAGUUCAGUGCAAGAGAGGAGGUUUGGCUAAUCUAGGCUAGAAAUAGGCCCAAACCAGACUUAUUAGAACUUGUAAAAGCAAGAGAAGGCAGCAUAGCACUUCAAGGCAUAACUCAACCUUUCACAGCAGUGGGUGGAGUGCAGAGCUUUGCAAGCCAAAUUAAGUCUUUAAUUUGGCUUGCAUUAAAGUUGCAGGUCCUGCCAGGGUGUAGCUGAGGUUUGCCAAUGUUUAGUUGUUAGUCUUCAAGAUGGACAUUUCAGCUGUCCUUCCUCAUAUCAGAGACUUCUAGCAAGCAGUGGUCAUUUGUUGGCAUAGACGCUGUGUUCAGGUAAUGCAGAGCAGAAGCAGCUGUCCAGCCUUAAGCAGCUUUAACCCAGUCAGUGUAUCUAAUCUUUCCGUCAGGCUGAGUGGGGCCACAGGUGGGCCCUGCACCCACAGGGUGGUGGACCUCCCCUGGCUGUUUUCAUGGUCAAAUGCUUAUUCGUCUGGGCUUCUUUUAUUCCAUCUUUUUUAUGAGGCUAUUGAAGCCUUAGUGCAACACAAAUGUGUUCCACUGAAGUGUGAUAAUGUGAAGAAGUUGUGAUGUUGUUUUAAGCGCACGAGUUGUGAUCUUCCAGUUUUGUUUAAGUGUGAACAUUUUGAUCAUAAUCGGUUUUUAAUGCCUACUCUCAAUGCUUAACUGCUAACCUGAACAGCUGAAGUGGAGCACUGAUCCUGUAAACUACAUUUAGGCUGAGCAAAACAGAAGCGUAGUAACACUGACAUGGUUAUUUGUUUACUGAUACAUUAUAAUAGUGAGCAUAUACUCUGUUUUUAAUAAUCCUCUGCAGCACUUACUCACGGCAUUCCCAUCUAGAACUUCCCGUCACAGAGCACGCUGAAAUUUUCGGCUGAUAUUGACUUACUGCAGUGAAGGGGGAAAAAGCUGAAAAGUAAAAAGAAACUGCCCAAAAAAGAAGUGAGUGGGGGAACACUCAGAGACAGACAGGAAACGCGGGGGAGAAGGCAUGACUCGCAGCAAAGGCCGCUGCUGAGGACUCAACCUCUUGUACAUGGGGCACACACCCUACCAGGCCCUUAUCUUAAUUACCGCACUUCAGUAUUUUAUGUACAAUAUACGUCCUGAACUACAGUACUGUCUGGCUCUAAACCUUUAGAAUGGUGAAGACGCUUGUGGUGUAUAACUGAAAGCAAACUUUAACAAUUGAAAAUGCUUUAUUUAUUAUUUACUGUGCAUUAAAGUAUGCAAAAUGUUCCAGUUCCACCAGAUUUUUUUUGUAUAGUUUUUCUUGUGAUGCUAAACACAAACAAUAGAUUCUCUUAUGUGAAUGUCUUAAGGCUGUCCCCAAAUCAGGAUUUUCUGAUUCAGGACUUCAAAGUCAUUAUCUGUGAUGUAGAAAGAGAUUCAGAUUUCCACACAAUCAGAGAAAGUGAAAAUGUGCAUCCUGGUCAUAGUUCAGUUAUGAAAUCUUGGCUUGUCACGGAGUGUCUUCCAAGGUUGCUGGCGGUGAGUGUGAGCUGAGUGUUCAGUCACGCUGGUCAGCAGUAGAGGAGGUCAUACUAGUGUCUGGUUCACAAGUAGACUUUAUUGACAGUCCGCACCAGAGCUGAGAGCGUCAAACGCAAGACGUGCUGUCAGGGUUUGUCCUGCUCCCUGUUAACAUUGACCAUCUCCACCUCCAUCGCAGUCUGUAGUAUUGGCCGAAGGACCGUGCAAACGCGGCUUGUAAAAGGAACCACCGUGGUUGGUCAUAGUGUAUAGAGAGGAGGAGCCUAUUCAGCUCUCCAGGCUCCUCAGCCAUGGCUCUGCUGGCCUACCUGAAGAGCCUGUUCAUCCUGCAGCUGCUGAUGGGCUUUGUGUUUGUGGUGAGCGGCCUCAUCAUAAACUUCAUUCAGCUGUGCACCUGCAUCCUCUGGCCGAUCAACAAACAGCUUUAUCGCAGAAUCAACUGUCGACUCUCCUACUCCCUCUGGAGCCAGCUGGUGAUGCUGCUGGAGUGGUGGUCGGGCACAGACUGCACUCUAUACACUGACCAAGCUACGGUGGACAAGUUUGGCAAAGAGCAUGUCAUCAUCAUCCUCAACCACAACUUUGAGAUCGACUUCCUGUGUGGCUGGACCAUGUGUGAAAGAUUUGGCGUCCUAGGGAGUUCAAAAGUGCUAGCCAAACAUGAGCUGCUGAAGGUUCCUCUGAUUGGCUGGACCUGGUACUUUCUAGAAAUAGUCUUCUGCAAAAGAAAGUGGGAGGAAGACCGAAAGACUGUCUUCAAAGGACUGUCCAGGCUCAGAGACUAUCCUGAAUGUAUGUGGUUUCUGCUGUAUUGCGAAGGCACCCGAUUUACAGAGAAGAAGCACCAAAUCAGUAUGCAGGUUGCAGAGAGUAAAGGCCUGCCCAAGCUCAAAUACCACCUGCUACCCCGAACCAAAGGAUUCACCACGACGCUGCAGUGUCUGAAGGGCACAGUAAAAGCUGUGUAUGACGUGACUCUCAACUUCAAAGACAACCAGACUCCCACUCUGCUGGGCAUCGUCCACGGCAAGAAAUACAAAGCCGACAUGAGCAUAAGGCGCUUCCCUGUGGAUGAAAUACCAGAUGAUGAGCAAGAGUGCGCCAACUGGCUGCACAAGCUCUACCAGGAGAAGGAUGCCUUGCAAGAAAUGUACAACAAGGAAGGCAAGUUCCCCGGACCCACAAUAAUCCCACGUCGUAGGCCAUGGACGCUGCUGAACUUCCUGUUCUGGGCCACCCUACUGCUUUCCCCCCUCAUUAACUUUGCUUGUGGAGUGGUGGUCAGUGGCUCCCCCCUCCUCAUCAUUGGCUUCAUCAUCUUCCUUGUCAUAGCCUCCAUAGCUAUCCGGCGCCUCAUUGGGGUCACCGAGGUGAAGAAAACAGGUUCCAGUUACGGCGACCAGGAGGCCAAGAAACAAAACUAAAGCGUGUCACUCCCACCCCACCUCCCCCCUCCUCCACCUCCGCCUCCCCCCUCCGUGCACGGCCGUUUCUCUACGGCCGUCCUGCGGUGUCUCACCCCUACCCAAGUCCAUCCUCUACCUACUGUCGAGUCAGUUGGCAGGCCAGGGAGGAGACCCAGCUGUGAACAGAAUAAUAAAGACCAGAGUUAGACGUACUAAUGGCGCUAGAGUGUGAGAGAGAAUGAGCACAGGAAGGUUCUGGGUUCAAGCGUUCUGGUACAACACAGAACAGAAGGAGGGGGAGAUGCAGUACUCGUAUUCCACAGUCUUUCUUAAUCCUGCUAGCGACCCACUGUCCCCGUCCAGGUUCUUUUUUUAAAUCCCGGAAACACCACAGGGUUAAGCUCCUAACCCAUCUGAGUUCACAUGAACUAAUUUCCUGCUCCUGAGUUCACCUACCUCCACUUCCUGUCACCUGUCAUCAGCCAGCCGGGGAGCGGUGACGUUCUUGUCCAUCUUGCCCACAGAACGCAAGGCGAUCCCUCUCUUUUUAGUCUUUAAGCUCCGUUCAGGCGCAUUGCGUUUCUGCAACGAGCAACCUGUGACACGUAGGACAUCUCCCUCCCUUUUUAUGUUUUUUUCCACAAAGUGAGACUUGUAAUGGGAACCGGCGCCUUGAGACCCAGCCUGAAUGCCUCGUUAUUAAAGGGUCGUUUCACCCAAAUCACAAAACGUUUACCGUUUUAACUGCUAAGUAUCCGGCCAUGUUGACAGUUUGGGUUUUCAUAUGCCCAGGGUCUGAUCACUGCUCAGCAAAAUGUAGGUGAAUGAAAUGUGACCCACAGUGCUCAAAUCAUCGUGAAAGCACAUUUGAAAUUUUUCCGUCGCUGCGGAUGUUUUCUGCUCAUUUUAAUCUGUGACUAUACGUCGAAUGCUAAGAAAAAAAGCAUUAGUGAAAGCUGACCACAUCGAGACUUGGACUAUCUUAGCUGCUUCUGUUGUUGAGACACUGCUUUUGACUUUUUCAAAAAUCAUUUCAAAUGGCACCACCAGUGACAUGCAGUUCACCUCCGUUGUAUGUAGCAGCAGGAAUCUCAGGGCAGACAUCUUACAGUAUAAAUCCCACAUUGUCUCCAGGGCUGGAUACCACAGCAGUGAAGGGGAAAACUUUUUUGUUGUUGUUUUUAUUCUCAUGAUUUUGUUGAGCUGACCCUUUAAUAACUUGUCAUGGAGUGGCUGGUGUCUGUUGAAUUACAGCAAGGGCUCUGAAUUGUCCUCAUCAAGGACACCCACAGUCCGUUACAGGUCUCAUUUGUACACCCGCAGACUCAUUCUCAAUUCUUUUUCGCAGUUUGUAUUCCUAUUUUCACUUUACACAAAUAGGAAUUUGCAUACAUUGUUAUCGCUCAAUUUUCAAAACCUACCCCACCACCCUCUUUCACACACACACACACACACACACACACACACCGAUGAGAUGUGAAUUGAACCAGCAGUCCCUGUCCAAACACUGAAGCAGGUCGGCCUGCCCACCUCCCCUCCGUCUGAUGUCAGUCCUGACAGCUGAAAUGCACUUCACGCUGUUCUGUUCUGAGCCAGAUUCCUGAAAAAGGUCACCAACUGUCUUCAUGUAGCCUCACAGCUGUUAUCGUAUUAUUUUUGGUGUCCAGAUAUAGACUGUGUGGUAGUGAUGUUUUAACCUUUGCCUUAAAAUUAAGCUUGCUCAGGCAAGGGAUUGCUUAUUCGCCACCCCUUUAAAAGCAGCACCCACCUCUUACCUCUACGUUCUGUUUCAGUAUUCAUCCUGCUCCUGCCAUGACUGUGCAUCAUGGAUUAGCGUGCAUACAUUUGGUUUGAUUACCAAAGUGACUGAGUACUUUCAAAAUAAAGUGUGUUUUUUGCUGGAAGGCUAGAAAGUUAUUGGUUGCUUAACCCCACAUUGUAGUUGAUUCAAGAAAGCGACUUUACACGCCGCGUGCACCCGCACUUCCAUACAUUUCACCGUUUUCAAAGCGAUCAUCCCAGAAAUGGUUGUUUUUAACUAUAACAAAUUAAGCUCAGGCUGCUGCAGUACAUGAGUGGAUCUCGUCCAGUGUUACAAUCAGCAUGUCCCCGUCCAAAAUACAAGGAGUGGCAACAAGACAUGGAAAGGAUGUUUUAUCCAGCACUCUGCCCCCCCUCCCUCCACACCAUCCCAUGUCAUAUCUAGUAUUAAUCAUAUGUUUUGAUUUGAAUUUUUUUUCCUCUGUGUGUGUGUGUGUGUGUGUGUGUGUGUGUGUGUGUGUGUGUGUGUGGGCGGGUGAUCACUCUUCAGCAGCAUUAUGUUGUGUACUGUAGAGUUCUGUAGAGUUCCCUCAACCCAGGCAGAUUUCAUGCGAGCCUUAAUAGACAGAGCUGCUUAAUUUUUGUGUGAAAACAGAAGCUAACUGAGCCCCUGUGGUAGUGAAGGGUUGAAAAUUAAAAGAUGUCCUCUGCUAUAGCAAGCAAGUUGCUGGGAUUAGUUGCCAAGUAGCUUGUUCUAAAGUUUGAACAUUGAUGAUUAAAGAGGAGUGAGAAUGGAUUAAGUCCACUCUUGCACUCAAAGAGCUCCAUUCGUUUAUACAUACUUUUUUUUUUUUCUUGACCCAAAAUAUUAGUGAAAAGCUUUGGCUCAGCUCGAUAUGUUUUUCUUCCAGAGAUUUAUUUUAUCCUUUGAUCACGACUUACACAUCACAUGUGAAUGCAGUCCAACUCCUUCAGCAGAAACCAUAGAAGCAGACGGGACGCUGGGAGGUUCAAACAGGCAUUUGGAAAACUAUUUUACACUGGAUGAUCUUAUUCAGUACAGAAACAUAACUGUGACUUGUCUUUGUUUUGUUUUUUUCUUAUUUUUAUUCUGAGGUCUUGAGUGGAAUUGGAAAACAUUACAGAUUGACACUACUUCAACUUCAUUCGAUUAGUGGCACCUACUUGUGUCAGCUUUUGUUUUGUUUUCUAAGGCUAUUUUUAUGUUUUCUUCAAUUAAAACACUUGAGAAUAUUAAAGGAUUUAAUCACAAA